AUGAUUCAAGAACGUCAAGAAUACGGUUGGGAAGAAAUCUCUCAUAGAGAUGGCAAUGUAUCAAUCUUUGCAGAUAUCGCCCUUCGUGUUAUCUCCGCUUCACCUUCAGAAGCAACAUGUGAGAGAACAAUAAAAGACCAAAGAUUGAUACUAAAUUUGAAAAGAUUACGUUCUCACAAAAUUUUAUUAGAUAGCCGAGAAAUUUUAAUGGCUACAAAAUAA